AUGGAUGUGCCUUUGGAUAUUGACGUUCAAGAAUAUGCGAACAGAUAUAAAGGAAGAAACAAGCUGUUACGACUUGUGCACAUUGCAAGGAUGUGUUCUUCUCAUCCACUGGUUUACAGCCACUACAGUGAGCUCGAGAGCCUCGCGAUUGCAUAUGACGCCAUCAAAUCGGAUCCAAAACUGUGUGAUAUUGAAAUAUUUAAGAUGGUGGUAGAGCAAAUACACGGGAGGUUGGGAAUGCAUUAUGAGAACGAUGAUGUGUGUAUCAUCAAGGAAAUAUGCGUUCUACUUUCACCGUUCUCUGGACGUAGUAGAUCAAUCCACGCUUGCAUGUUAACGGUAUUGGUGGCCAUAGAGACCCGAAAUUUUGGUCAUGUUCGACACCGCACGCUUCUACAAAUAGCCUAUUACCAUCAGGAAAAGGAGUAUAAGUUCAAACUCAACUGUGCAACAGCAAUUGCAGAUUUAGGAGAAAAAUGCUACGAGAAAGCAGCUGAAGGGUUUAUUGCUCUACUAGGAGAUGUGAAUGAGUUCGCAUACAAUGAGGUGGUUUCUUCUGAAGAUAUCGUAGUAUACGGACUUACUUGUGCAUUGGCAACAUAUGAACCAUCCAAGCUUAAGGAAACCCUAUUGGAGGUCACUGAACCGAUUGGAGGUGUGGCUCAUCAUCUAAAAGACAUUAUAAAGCCUUAUGGGCCUGGACAUCAUCUCAUCAACAUUAUCAAACAUUUUAAUGCUGAGUGA